GUCAAACUGGUCUCCGUUGCAAUAAAUCGUCUGCUGAUCCAGAGUGCGCUUAUUUGGUUAUCUUGUGUUUAGUUUUCACUAACUUAUGCUUAUCAGCAGCAAUGGCUUCAGACAAGUAUUAUCUUGGGUUUGAUUUCAGUACACAGCAGAUAAAAGCCAUCGCUGUAAAUGAAAAGCUGCAGGUUAUCAUUGAAGAAAAUGUUAAGUUUGAUACAGACCUGUCUGAGUUUGGAACUGUCAAUGGAGCCCAUAUCCAUUGCGAUAAAAUCACAGUAACCUCUCCUACUGCCAUGUGGGUCAAGGCGCUGGACAUUCUGCUGAACAAAUUGAAGGAAUCUGGAUUUGAUUUCAGCAAGGUUGUAGCCUUGUCUGGUGAUGGUCAGCAACAUGGCAGUGUUUACUGGAAAGCAGGAGCAUACUCUGUACUGAAGAAUCUCCACCCUGAGCGGCUACUCUACGAGCAACUUAAGGACAGUUUCAGUGUGUCAGCCUCACCCAUAUGGAUGGAUGCAAGCACUGGAGACCAGAUACGUACCCUAGAGACAGCUGUUGGAGGUCCCAUGGAGCUGGCCAAGCUGACUGGUUCUCGGGGAUUUGAGAGGUACACAGGGGUGCAGAUCAUGAAGGUUGCCCAAACAAAUCCACAGGGGUACCAGCAGACAGAGCGUAUAUCAUUAGUGAGCAGCUUUGCAGCCUGCCUGUUUUUAGGUGACUAUGCCCCCAUAGACUACAGUGAUGGGUCAGGAAUGAAUCUGCUUGAUAUCAACACUAAGGCCUGGUCUACUAAAUGCCUUGAGGCAUGUGGUGAAGGUUUAGCAGAGAAGUUAGGGGAACCGGUUCCAUCCAACACUGUUUUAGGCUCCAUAUCCCAGUAUAUGGUGGAGAGGUAUGGGUUUAGCCCGGACUGCAGAGUGGUGGCUUUCACAGGAGACAACCCUGCGUCUCUGGCGGGGCUUGCACCCAGUGAGGGAGAUGUACUGGUAAGCCUGGGAUCCAGUGAUACUGUGUUUCUAUGGAUUCCACGAGCCACGCCCAAUAUGGAUGGAGUGAUAUUUGUCAACCCCCUUGAUCAGUUCACUUAUAUGGGGCUGGUUUGUUUUGCAACUGGGUCACUGACACGGGCUGGUGUGAUGGAGCGAUGUGCAGGGGCAUCCUGGGACACCUUCAACAGCUUACUGCAGAAAACAGAACCCGGCAACCAGGGCAAUAUUGGAAUUUUCUUUGAUGUCACCGAAAUCCAACCUGUUGUCAUGGGAACAUUCAGGUUUAAUGAAAACAAUGAAAUGGUGGAUAGUUACCCCUCAGAGGUUGAAGUGCGGGCAGUUCUGGAGAGUCAGUUCCUGGCCCACCUCAUGUAUGCUAAGGCCUGUGGCCUUACUAUAAGUCCCCAGUCUCGUGUGAUUGCUACAGGGGGAGCCUCUGCUAACAAGGCCAUCCUUCAGGUGAUUGCAGAUGUGUUCAAUGCAGCUGUGUAUGUGACAGAUGUGCCCAACUCUGCAGCCCUGGGAGGAUGUUACAGGGCUUUAUAUGCCUUACAACCAGAAGGGACCUCCUUCUCUGCCGUUAUCACCCCUCCCCCUGAACGCCAGCCUGUGUGUGUAUGUCAGCCCAGCGUAGGCUCACAACAGGUUUACAGCAAAAUGCUGGACCGUUACAAGAUGUUAGAGGAACGCGUGACCAAACUUUUCAUGUCACAUAACAAGUAGAGCUGACAUUGGAUUGCACCUACAGCCAUGCAGUUCUCACCAGAUACUUAUGUGAGCUUGGCAGUUGCAGCAUUAAAUCUUGUUCUUUGUUAAUCACAUUAUUGCAUGUAUCCUCUUGUUAAUCAGUUAUUUGUUGAGGGAAAGAUCUAGGAUCAAUAUUAUUUGGUUGAAUUAAAUGAGUUUAUUAACUUAAGGUUUAGAUAAUUUGUUGUCGUUUUAUGCCCCAUGAUCAAAUGAUCGGGGGUAUAUUGUUUUUGGCCUGUCUGUCUGUCAUUCUGUGUGUCUGUCACAAAACAUUAACCUUGGUCAUAACUUUUGCAUAUUGAAGAUAGCAACUUGAUAUUUGGCAUGCAUGUGUAUUUUGAGUGGUGAAAGGUCAAGGUCAUCCUUCACGGUCAAGGUCAAAUAUAUGGCUUCAAUGGGGCGCAGUAGGGGGCAUUGUAUGUUCUGACAACACAUCUCUUGUUUCAAUUUAAGAUUAUAUCGAUUAAUUGGUGAAAUGUGUUGCUUCAAAGAUUUUUACAAGUCCUGUGUGGACCAUUAAAGCUAGAAAUGCUGCAUUUAAUAGCUUAAAUGGGCCAAGGCGAAAGCACUCUUAAUACUCUCAUGAUCUUUUCCUUAGUGUUUAUUAAUUAUGUUCAUGGUUAUGUUUACGUUUAAUUUUUUCCUAUGCUUCACUGUUGUGAUUUUCCCAGCAGUAUUGGUCAACAUCAGAAUUAUGUAUUAUAAUAUUAUGAUGCAGUUACUUAUCAGAGUUUGAUAUACAUAUAUACAAAUAUAACAUUAGCCAUGAAUAGUUAUUGACUGUUAUAAUGCUCUUAGAUUAGUAAGUACAGUGUUUGUAUGCUUAAACAUGAUUUAAACAGUUAUUUAGGACGGAUCCAAUUGAUAUGGUGCCAUAUGUGACUCAAAAAAAAAGGAUGUUGUACUGUUAAUUUGACAUACUAGUCAUGUAUGAAAUGUUGUUCAAACAUAGUUUGUUUAUCAUGUGUAUCGUUAAGAAUAUUUACAGCACAAAAUUGCCAUAAUUGAUAUAUACUUACCAAUUAGAAAUGUAACUUACUUUUUUAAUAAAUGUUUAAUCAAUA